UUUCAAUUCUAUGUGUAUUCAAAUUCCAAGACCAAUUGAAUCAUGCCCUCAACAUUCACCGACACGGAGGACACCCUCCUACCUCCCUACAGCUUCCUAGAUGACUACAGCGAAGGCGCCCACCCACAGCUCCUCGAAGCUCUUCUACGCACCAACGCCACCCAACAAAUCUCCUACGGCAACGACUCCCACAGCGCCGAAGCACGUCAACUAAUCCGCCAACACCUCCACGCCACCGACGACGAAGUCGCCAUCCACUUCAUCCCCAGCGGCACGGCCGCCAACCUGAUCGGCAUCGCCAGCUGCCUCCGGCCCUACGAGGCCGUCCUCACCGUCGAGUCCGGCCACAUCGUCAGCAAAGAAGCCGGCGCCAUCGAAGCCACCGGCCACAAGACGAUCCUAGUCCCCGGGGUCCGGGGGAAAAUGACGCCCAAGAACCUGGAGCGCGUCGUGCGCCAGAACCAGUUCUUCCCGCACUCCGCGAAGCCGAGACUCGUGUACAUCUCGAACGCCACGGAGCUGGGCACCAUCUACACGAGGGCCGAGAUGGCCGCCCUCUCGGAGACGUGUCGGAGGCUGGACCUGCUGCUGUUCAUGGACGGGGCCCGGAUCGGGGUGGCGCUGAGCGCGCCCGGAAAUGACCUGACGCUGCGCGACCUGGUCGACAUGACGGAUAUUUUCUGGAUCGGGGGUACCAAGAUGGGCGCUUUGCUGGGCGAGGCGAUGGUGGUGCGCAGUCAUUUGGCCGACGGGUUCGCGUUCCAUCUGAAGCAGCACGGGGCCUUGCUGGCCAAGUCCCGUGUCAUGGGCGUGCAGUUUGCGGAGCUGUUCCGCGAGGACUUGUUCUUCGAGAUGGCCAGGCAUGCGACGGAGAUGGCGCAGACCAUCUCGGUGAAUUUCGAGGCCCUGGGGUAUGAGCUGGCGGCGCCGACGGAGACGAAUCAGGUGUUUGUUAUCUUGCCGGAUCGGUUGGUUGCUCGGCUGGAGGAGAGGUUCCGGUUCUACGUCUGGGAUCAGAGAGAGGAUGAGACGGCCGUGGUGAGGAUCGUGACUUCGUGGGCGACGGACAAGCUACAGGUGGAUAAGUUUAAUGCGUGGGUGAGAUCGGAAACGACGGCAUGAUUUGCAUUGCAUCGAUAGCGGAUAGAUACAUGAACUACUAAUUAAU